CAUUGCACACUCUCGGGGGAUCAUGAACGUUGAACGCGCACCCGCACAUAACCGCAAUCUCCGGAUCCUUGCCCCGCACAGAGGACAACACUGAGCUUGACACUCACGCGCGGCACCAUGGCCCGCUUCAAGCUUGUCUUCUUCACGCCCAUCGCGUCCACACAACACAUCCUCCGGCACCUCUUCGAGCAGUUCCCGCGGAACGUCGGGCGCAUCGGCGCGUACGGCGGGUGCGCGUUCGUCAGCCGCGGCACCGGCCAGUUCGUCCCGCUCGACGGCGCGAAUCCGACGAUCGGGGAGGUAGGCAGGCCGGAGCAAGUGGAGGAGGACCGCGUCGAGGUCGUCGUGCAGGAGACGCCGGGUGCGGGUUCGGGCUCGGGCGCGGGCGCGGCGGAGGGCUCAGAGCGAGGCGUGGGGAUGCAUCGGGUGCUGGAGGAGCUCAGGAAGGUGCAUCCGUACGAAGAGGUCGCGUACGAUGUGUAUAGGUUGGAAGACUUUUAGGUCGGGCUGUCGUCCGAGGACAGUCACUUAAGAUAGUCUGAAUCUGCGCGCCUAGCCCACUGGCGGGUAUCUCUGCAGCAAAGGACGCUGCUAUUCGCAAGCGUCCUGAAAUGCAUUUGUCCGUGCAUGGUGAACUCGCGCAUGACUCGCGUCGCAGAUGCGCAGUGCCGCCACGACAGUGAUUCGGACACUAGAAGGCAAUCUAUCGUCCAGACGUGUUUGUUGUGCAACUUAGGGC